CUGCAAUUUACUAACCAUACAGUCCAAGUGCUAAAGACUAGCAUUAUGCUAUAAUGACAUCUAUGCUUUUUUGUGUCAAUGUCUGAGUUCAAACCUUUGGACCAUUUGGUUCAAUGCUCACCCUCACUUUUUUCUGUUCGUUUUAUCUUAAUGCUCCUACCGAAAUUCACAUUCCUGCUGAAAGGACCGGCCCAUUUACAGCCUUUCAAAACGCGUUUGUUUUCAACAGGCAUAAGUCUAACCGAAAAUGUUCGAGGCAUUAUGAGAAAAGUUCCUUUACCUGUUGUUGUUGUAACGACGUCCAAGCCUGACGAUCGCAAUCACCGAAGAGGCAUUACCGUAUCGUCUUUUACGUCUGUAUGUUUACACCCAGAGCCACUCGUAUCGUUUUGUGUCCAAACGCCUUCUCGUGCAUCCGACCUACUUCAUUCUUCAGGCAGCAUGGUGCUAAACUUAUUAUCACAUGAACAAGUUCUACAAUCCAUCGCUUUCUCGUCACCCAACAAAGAUCAAUUUAAAGACGUUCCAUUCUUUGACGAUCCAGCCACAGGUCUGCCUGUCUUAAUGGGUACAGUAGGCGCUAUGCAUUGUGAAAAGUAUAAAGUGAUUGAACUAGGCGAUCAUGAACUAUGGAUCACUAAAGUACUCAAAAUAGAAGAAGGGGUUGGAGGAGAGCAUGGUAUACGCGAAGAAGCACAACCAUUACUCUAUUAUGAAAGAAACUAUUGCAGUGUGGGUGACCAAGUAUUUAUGAAGGCAUUUAUGGACGAUAAUGACCAAUCAGGGCAUAAAUGGAUGCAUAGGGCUCAUUUGAGAAUGGCAUGGAACUUAAUUCGAGAAUUAGGGCCAGUGGCAGCAGAACCAGUCAUUAAAGAAACCAUGCGAACACAUUUCAAUAACAACAAAAAGUACAAGAGUAAAGACUACCAUGAAACAAUCACUUCUUUUUAUAUUGCGCUAGUGUCUGCAGCUAUCAACUCAUACCACGGCCGAGACAGCCAUGAUUUCUUUGCUUUGGUAGAAAAGUUUCCACAAUUACUCAAUGUCAAACUGAUAGAAGAAUACUAUUCACCUGAAGUAUUGUUUUCAAAAGAAGCUAAAGAAGCAUUUAUGAAACCAGAUCGAAAGCCUUUACCGACACAGUUGCUUGAAGAAUAGAGCAUUUAUUUGAUGAUGUACAAAAUCCAAAAAUGGGAUACAAACAGGAGGGGCAGACAAAAAAAAAAAAAGAAUUAGUUAUAGAAAUAAAAAGGUUUGUUUCUUCAUUGAAUUAAAGAAGAGGAUAGAUACAGG